AUGCAGACGAGAGGCAGUGCGUUUGGCCAGGCCAAUCAUGUGCAGACGAGAGGCAGUGCGUUCGUCCAGGCCCAUCAAGUGCAGACGAGAGGCAGUGCGUUCGUCCAGGCCCAUCAAGUGCAGACGAGAGGCAGUGCAUUCGGCCGCGCCCAUCAAAUGCAGACGAAAGGCAGUGCGUUCGGCCGGUCCCAUCAAGUUCAGACGAGAGGCAGUGCGUUCGGCCGGGCCCAUCAAGUGCAGACGAGAGGUAGUGCGUUCGGCCGGGCCCGUCAAGUGCAGACGAGACGCAGUGCGUUUGGCCGGGCCCAUCAAGUGCAGACGAGAGGCAGUGCGGUCGGAGAGGCACAUCAAGUGCAGACGAGAGACAGUGCGUUCGGACAGGCCCAUCAAGUGCAGACGAGAGGCAGUGCGUUGGGCGAGGCGCAUCAAGUGCAGACGAGAGGCAGUGCGUUCGGACAGGCCCAUCAAGUGCACAAGAGAGGCAGUGCGUUCGGCCAGGCCCAUCAAGUGCAGACGAGAGGCAGUGCAUUCGGCCGCGCCCAUCAAGUGCAGACGAAAGGCAGUGCGUUCGGCCGGUCCCAUCAAGUUCAGACGAGAGGCAGUGCGUUCGGCCGGGCCCAUCAAGUGCAGACGAGAGGUAGUGCGUUCGGCCGGGCCCGUCAAGUGCAGACGAGACGCAGUGCGUUUGGCCGGGCCCAUCAAGUGCAGACGAGAGGCAGUGCGUUCGGCCAGGCCCAUCAAGUGCUGUCGUGGGGCAGUACGUUCGGCCGGGCACAUCAAGUGCUGUCGUGGGGCAGUGUUUUCGGCUGGGCCCAUCAAGUGCUGUCGUGGGGCAGUGCGUUCGGCCGGGCCCAUCAAGUGCGUUCGUGGGGCAGUGCUGUCGGCAAGGCCCAUCAGGUGCAGACGUGA